AUGAGGGAAAGCGCUACACCCCUAGAAAAAAUUGCCGAAAAAAUCGAAGAAGCGAUUGAGGACAUCGCUGACGAAAUCACAAGAUCGAGGGCAAAGAAAGCGUCAGCAGCUUGUAAGCGCAUAUUCGGUGUCACACUGGAACGUGUGAAAAGGGGUCAUCACGAACAUUCACUUGAAGACGCAAUGGGGAAGUAUUUGACGUGGUUAACUGAUGACCAAAAGGAGGAGGUCAAGUCUCUUUACACGGAUGAAGGCAGAGGUGCUGUGUAUGAUAAAAUUAUGGAGUACUUUGAUGAGGCUACAGGUGACAGGAAGGAGAAAGCAGCAAAGGAAUUGAAGGGCGCCUGUAAGCAUUAUGUGAAAGAUCUGAUUGGCGAGAAAAAUGGUGAGAUGAUCAAAGAGAUGAAAGAAAACGGGGCUUCAAAUGAUGCCAUCGCAACAAAAGUCGAAGAGCUGAUUGAAGCAAUCGCAGACGACAAGAAAAAGGCUCAAGCACUUCGAGCAUCUGCAAACUGUAGGAAAAUUUACGGAGUGGCUCGUCGAUUCAGAAGGGAUCACCAUGAACACAACUUGGAAGAAGCCAUGGAGAAAUAUCUCACCUGGCUGAAUGACGAACAAAAGGAGGAGGUCAAGAAGUUGUACGGCGCAGGCGACAAACAAGCCAUGUACAAGAAGGUGAUGGAAAUCUACGACAGUGUUUCUGGUGACGUGAAAGAGAAAGCCACCGUCGAACUGAAGGCGGCUUGCAGACAUUAUGUAAAGGACUCCAUCGGUGACGAGAAUGCCGAGAAGCUCAAGGAGAUGAAAGAGAGCGGAGCUACCCCGGAAGCUAUCGCCGCCAAGGUUGAGGAGUUCAUCGCUGCCAUCACCGACGAGAAAGAAGAAAGCGCAAGCAGAGCGAGCCGCAGUAGCGUGUAA